AUGUCAGAUGAGGAAGAUUCGAAUCCAAAACCAGUUAAACUUCUGAUAUCAACUGAAAGACUGAUAUGUCUGAUUAAAGAGAAACCUUGUCUUUGGGAUAAAACUGAUGUUGGGUAUAGGUACCGGCCGUCCAGAGAACAAGCGUGGCUUGAAAUAUAUAAGAAAGUUUACCCGGACUAUGAUAAACUGAAGAAGAAUAUGAAACUUAAAAUAGGUCAGCAGAUAUCAAAAAAGUGGUUCAACGUCAGAGAUGCAUACGUUAAGUCGAUCAAAGACAAUUUCCGUAAACCUUACUUACAUUCAGAAAUGCUGUCCUUCAUUAAUCCAUUUAUAGUAGGAGGAACUCAGAAUGAGAGCGUCUUCUUGGACGAACCAUAUGAAGAAGAAUCAGAUCAUUGGAUGCAAGAAGAAUCAUUCGUAACAAUAGACGAAGAACCAAUAGAAAAGAAACCAAAAAUAGAUACCCAAAAAGUAGAAGUACCAAUAAACCCAACUAGUGAUAGUGAAAAUUUAGCAUCUGUUCUUACGAAAUUGCUAAGCAGAGAAGAAGAUGAAGAUAGAUCAUUCUUUACGUCUAUCAUACCUGUUGUUAAAACAUUAUCAGUUCACGCCAAACUGGAGUUUAAAGCAGAGGUUAUCAAGCUUUUAAAUGAGGCUAAAAAAAGAGACACUAAUUGA